AAAAGAAGUUUAUUGAGCGACAGGUGCAUUGGUGGUGGGCUGUGUCGGAUUGAUCGGAUUUACUGGUGGUGUAUUGUGCGUACAUGUACCGGUACAUGAUACUUCAGAACGACUGCAGAGAAUCCUACGUUUUCGAAAAAGAUAUCAACGCAGUUUUACUAUUUCAUUGUAAACCAUUGAAUACAUAACUGAAGUACAGCAGUAUUGCAGAGAUGAGAAACUUGUGUUACUUCAUAUUAAAUAUAUAGUAGUAGAUUCACAGACACAGAUUGAAAGCAGGUUUUUAUCGAUUUUCAUUGAAGAGGCCUCGGGGAAGAAUGCCGUGAUUUGAGUAACCAUUCAGCCGUGGUGGUCGGGCUACAGAUCUAACUGGAACCGCUGACAGCUUUGUAAAGAUAGUGUCCGUGGUUGGUUUGGGUGUUGAAUGAGACGGGACUAAGUUAAAACAUGGAAAUGGAGAGCACACCAGAAAAUAAAAGUAUCAAAAGCAUAGAUAGAGGAUUACCUGAAGAGAAAGUAGUUUCCAGUCUUGCCAGUGCUUCAGGAGUAGUCACAUUCGGAGUGAAGAUUGAAAAUACACUCAACAUACAGGAUCUACAAGCGAUCAAAGAUGAAUUUAUGAGAUAUGAUGAGAAGGAAGGGGUAAAUAAAGAAGAGUUCUGUAAUCUCAUGGAUAACAUCUUGACUAAAGGAACAAGAAAUGAGUAUGCUGAACUUUUUGAUAACAUUGAUGUCACAAAAGAGGGCUUUGUGAAUUGGGAUAAAUUCACAGGACAUUUGUUACUGGAGUAUGUGGAAAAGGAUGACAGAGUCAAGUCAACUCAGGUUCCCCAAUGGAAGGAUAUCAAACAACUUCCAAGUGCCCACAAGGACAUUGUUCAAAAGAUUUCUUACAUCAAGAAUACAUCUCGCUACAUCAUCAUUAGUAAAGAAGGUUGCAUCUCAACGUUUGACAGUCAUCUCAGGACUCACAAAUCAAUUAAGAUCACAAAUGACUCUGUCAAACCCAGGGAUGUCUGGGUAACCACAUUUGUAGUACUUCAAAAUAUCAACAAGAUUGCACUCUCCUUUACCAGCAAAGAAAUCGUCUUCUAUGAUCUCAGCUCUAAACUUGAGUUCAAUGUACAGUACAGGGUUUAUGGAUUGGAACAUACACCACUCAGCAUGGACCAUUGGAGCAAUCCAGAUAACUCUAAUGAGGCUAUUCUGGUUAUGGGAGAUACUGGGGGUAAUGUCAAUGCCUUCCAUUUCACCUCAACAAACAUUGCCCUCUUUGACAGACCACAGCAACCCGGAGGAGAAGGUCAAGAACAAGUUGUCAAUGUGAACUUCAAACAUCUAUUAAAGGAUAGAUUCAAGUACUGUCGGCUCAUUAGACACAAUGGACAUACAGAGUGGGCUAAACAAGUCAAGUAUGCUCAGCAUCUAAAUUGUUUCAUCUCAUGCUCCACUACGUAUCAGAAUGCCAUGGUAUUAGGAUGGAUAGAGAAGGCUAAAUCAAAGAUGAAAACGAAUUCUUUCAAUAUCUCCCAGGGAGUGAAUGCCUUUGCCUACCACAAUGGUCUUAAUCUGAUUGCCACUGCAGGAGUAGACCACCACGUGUGUCUCUGGAAUCCUUAUGUUGUGUCAAAAGCAGUUGGACUUUUGCGAGGUCACAUGGCUCCAGUUGUGCAUGUCCAGUUUAACUUUACCCGUGGUCAGCUGAUCAGUUUCUCAAAGGACAAGGUCCUAAGAAUAUGGGAUGUCCAGCUUCAAGUCUGUCUCCAGAGGAUGGCUGGGAUGUUUCCAAAAGGAACAGAGAUGUACACAUCGCUAUUCUUUCAUGAGGCCAGCAAUCGUCUCCUCACAUCUUUCAAUUAUCAGCUGACUAUGCUUGAGAUGAAACCAGAGGUCAAAGAUCGGGUCAUGAGUCAUGACAAACCCAUCAGCAUGGCCCUUUACAACUCCACAUUUAAUCAAGUGGUUAGUGCUUGCCAUGGCUCUACAGUCAUUGUAUGGAUGUUAGACACGGGACAGAAAGCCAAGCAGUUUCUUAAUUGCCAUGGUAACGCUGAGAUCACCUGCCUGGCAUUUGAUCACAAUGAGACAAGGAUUUUCACAGGAAGUUCAGAUGGCACUGUCAAGGUAUGGGAUUUCAAUGGUCACUGCCAUCAUCUACUGAAUGCAGGAAUGGGAAAUUCAGUAGAUAUCUCUCAGAUAGCUGUGCUCAAAAGAAGUCUUGUAGUCAUUGGCUGGGAUAGGUACAUCACACUGUUUCGUAAUCAACAGAUUAAUCAGUAUAUGGUUGAACCAUCUGAAUGGAAAGGAGGAAAGGAACAUCAAGAUGACAUUCUUGCUGCAGCUUUCAUUGCACCACACACCCUUGCCACAGGCAGUUAUGAUGGAGAGAUUGUCAUCUGGAAUACAGGGUCAGAGGUGUCAUCAAGGCAUCUACAACAAAGAUUCCACAAGAAGGCAAAGAGCAGAGAGAAGACCAAGCUGUCCCUUCAUAAUGAAAGCACAGCACCACCAGGUGUAUCCCGUCAACGUAGCAGUAUCCAUUCAGUUCAUAGUGCCCACCAUCCCUGCAGAGCAUCCGUGAGCACAGCCAGGCUUGGCGUGAAGGGAACUGAGGCUACCAAAAGACCCACCUCAGGAUCUAGUCAGGGCAGUGAAUCUGAUGAGAUGAAUAAUUUUGUGAUCAAGCAGCUGUUGUUCUUAGAAGCAAGGAAGCACCUCUCUGCUUCCGGAGGUGCUAACCUGGUAUCCUGUGGGGGUAAUGGUUGGGUACGCUUCUGGAAUGCCAACAAGAAUGCCCUCAUGGCAGAAUUCAUUGCCCAUCAACAUGUUGGUUCUAUUGUGAUGGCAGUGAGCAGCAACAAUCAUUACCUUGUAACUGGAGACAGCGAGGGGGCUAUCAAGGUCUGGAAGAUUCAAGACUACUGUCUACACAAACCUGAUAGACUAAUGACUGAGCCUCCCGCCAUGCUAUCAUCUUGGCACCUUCAUGCUGAUGCGGUGAACCAUCUGAGUAUGUGUGAACGCAAUGAGCGUUGGCUCAUCAUCUCGGCUUCGGCAGAUUCAAGCGUUCAGCUUGCUGAUAUCUAUGGCAACCACAUUGGAACUUUCGGGCAGGAGGAUCAUUGGAAGAUUGAGCCUUACAUUCCUCCCCCUGAGCCUACACCUAGCGAGAUGGAUGAAAUGAGUGAUGACGAAUCAAGUCAGGAUGUUACAGAUGUUGAAGACAAGAAAUCAGAAGAGGAAAUGGAGAUAGAUGUCCAUGUGAAUUUCGACCCUCUAGAGAAGGUCAAUACAUGGGAAACUACCAGACUAGGCAAACAGUAUCAAGAAGUCAGAAAGAACAAAAGAGAAAGGAAACAACCUGGUACCAUUCCUGAUCUUCCUUACCUUACAUGGGAAAAGACCAAUCAGCCUCCUGCUGGACCUUAUGCAUCUACAGACAAGCUGAGACCACCCAUGUGGACACAGGCUCUUGAUGUAUCUGAACUUGAUAAGGUUGGGACUUUGCAGAAACCAGAUUUCAUCUCCCAUCCUCACAAGUACUUCAGGACUCAUGAAGAAGCAGAAGCUCUUGCCAGAAAUCAACUGGAGAAAAAUUCAAGCCCAGAACUAAAGCAAAGAUUUGAUGAGCGUUCCCUUUUCCCCAAGUACAUCCUGGAUCAUGAAGCCGAGAUGAAACUAAGACAUCGCUUCCUCCUUGAGGGACAGAACUCCCACUCAAAGACCAAAAGAAGUAGCAGCAGGGUGUGGAAUGCACUGUCUUCUACCACCAGUGUAGGACAGAAAAAUCCACGACCAUUCAGACUUUCUCCACUCCAGGAGAUUGUAAGGAAGAGGAGUGCUGAGAAGCAAGCCCAGAACCAGAGCAACGGGAACGCAACUUGAGGGAAUAAGGUCUUGCUUUUAUUAGAACACACACUGAAUCAAUUUUGAACAUUUUUAAAAUUGAGACACAAUUUAACAUUGGCCUUCCUUAUUAUGGAGUCCAGAGUGCAUUCUUUUCAAAUUUGCUACUCAUAAAAGGCAUUUCUUAGAGUUGCAUGUGACUGAGAAUUGCCCGUAAUUCACAGUUGCAUUCGACAUAUACUGCUUUACUGCAUUGAACAAACAAUGCUGGGUGACCAUAUAAUGCCAUGUAUUCAAUUCAUCAAUGAGAGCAUGUUUUAUUAUUCAUGUGCACAUUGGAGAUCUGUAAGAAUGACUUGUCACAUGUAAGUCACAUGCAGUUCUUUUUGAAACAGCACUCUGUAUUUAAAGUCCAAUGGCUUAUUGAGAAGAAUAGAUGAUGGCUCGCCAAUUCAUUUACAUCAUUCUUUGAUUCCUUUCCAUGAAAUUGAGUGUUUUCAUGGUAAUAAAUAUUUUGUCUACAUAAUGCGAGGAAUACUUUUCACCCACUUUGUGGACUUUGAUCUUUAUAAUGGAAGGAUUCUAACCCUUAACAGGCAGAUGUUUUACCUAUUGGGUUAGGCAACUUCAUAAAAAUUGCAUCAGGGGCUUUGUAAACAUGUAUAACUCAGUUUUCCUCGAACCACCUUGGUUUUGUUUAUGGAGAUUAGAGGAUUGGAAGUUAGAAGUAAUAAAGAAUUAAGCAU